AUGGUUGAUGCAGCCAAAAGAAAUGCAGAAGUUAUUAGACCACUUGUUUCAGCAUGGUUGCAAAAGGUUGAUGACCUAAACAAACAGAUGGAUGGAGUUCUGAAAGGUGCAGCAAUUUCUGAAAUGCAGUGUCUAUUCCUUAGAUGUCCAAAUUUAAAGACCCGUUAUCUACUAGGCAGGAAAGCCACGAAGAAGACUGUUGUGACUGUUAAGCUCCAAGUAGAAGGUACAUUUGAGAGAGUGGGCUAUCCUACACCACCGGUGCUGAUGCCAAACCAAUCCUCCCAUCAGGACUUCUACGGUUUUGAGACAAGGAUAACAACCAAGAAGGAAAUCUUGGAAGCUCUGAAGGACAAAGAUAUCAAUAUAAUCGGGAUUUGUGGCAUGCCUGGAGUAGGUAAGACGACAAUGGCGAAUGAAGUAGCCACCCAAGUCAAAGAUGAGAAAUUAUUUGAUGAGGUUGCGAUGGCAAUUGUAUCUCAUGAUCCAGACAUAAUAAAAAUUCAGGAUCAACUUGCUGAAAAGCUCCAUUUGAAAAUUGAAGAGAAGACUGAAAGUGGGAGAGCUCAACGACUUUAUGCAAGACUUACGUAUGAUAAUAAGAGAAUUCUUUUGAUAUUAGACGACGUCUGGAAAGAAAUUGAUUUGGGAACUAUAGGAAUUCCUUCAAAGGAUGAUUGCAAGGGAUUGAAAGUUCUGUUUACAACACGAAAUGAAGAUGUAUGCAUUGACAUGGGAGUGCAGAGGAAAUUUGAAGUUGAAGUUUUGUCUCAAGAAGAAGCACAUAAACUUUUUGAGCAUUCUGCUGACAUUUCUAAUUAUACAAUUAAUGUUGUGAACAGCACAGCUCACGAAGUUGCAAAUGAAUGUGGAGGCUUACCUCUGGCACUCGUGACUGUUGGUAAAGCACUAAAAAAUAAAAUGCCACAUAAAUGGAGAGAUGCGCUUCAACAGUUACAAAGGUCUAGGGUAACAAAUCUCAGAGGAAUGCACGAUUUGGUCUACUCAAGAAUAGAGUUAAGCUACAACUAUUUGGAAACUGACGAAGCCAGGUCCUUGCUUUUGCUAUGCUCUUUAUUUGCUGAAAAACAAAGUAUUACAAUUGAAAGAUUGGUUAGAUAUGCAAGGGGACUAGAGCUGUUUCAAAAUACAGACACAUUAUCAGAAACCAGAGAUCGGGUAUAUUCGAUUGUUGAUGAUUUGAAACGUUGCUAUUUAUUGUUAUCAGGUGAGGAGGAGGAGGUGAAAUUACAUGAUGUUGUUAGAGGUUUUUGCUUACUAGACAAACCUGGAUAUCUGGUGAAACAUGCUGAUUUGGGAGAGUGGCCAAGAGAUAACGAGGAAUCAUACAUUGCCAUCUCAAUGACUUUUGGUGUGCUGGAUGAGCUUCCCAGUGGGUUAAAAUAUGGGCACCUCAAGUUGUUACGGGUGCGAUGCGAUUCGGGGGAACAAAAUAUAUCUGAAGAAUUUUUUAAAGAUAUGCUGGAACUCAGGGUUCUUGAAUUUAAUUGGAUGAACAUUCAAAUUCCGUCGUCAAUCCAAUUGUUGACGAGUCUUCAAACACUGUCCUUGGACUACUGUGAUUUAAUGUUUGAUAUCUCAAUGAUUGGGAGUCUAAAGAAGUUGGAAAUUCUCACUUUUUAUCAUUCUUAUCUCUAUGUUGAUUUUCCCACUAAAAUAGCACAACUUAGCAACCUAAAGCUACUGGAUUUGAGAUUUUGGACAGGCCCCCGCCCACUUCCACCUGGUGUUUUAUUGGGUAUGAAGAAACUGGAAGAGUUGUACUUUGGAGAAUACUUUGAAACAAGAGAUGAAGAAAAGGGGUACAUUAUUGAAGAGAUAAGUUCACUGACUGCUCUCAACACUUUCCAAAUUUCCACAGAUGAUACUCAGUUUUUGAUGCAAAUAUUACAAGUGCUGUGCGUUGAGAACCUGAAAAGAUAUGAAAUCACUAUAGCUGAAAAAAAGGGACUCGGUACUGGAGAUUAUCAUGUCACAAGGAGGCUGGACCUCCUAGAUGGUAUUGAAGCAGGUACUCUUUUGCAAUGUGGAUGUAACUCGUUAAUGAGGACAGCUUACCAACUUUAUAUUGUAAAAGCAAUAGCUUGGAAGAAGCUUGUGAGUGGGUCAGAUAAAGAUGGUUUCUUUAACUUGAAGAAGCUGAGGCUAUCAAGUGGUGAUUUUGAGUAUAUUAUUGACGCCACAUACUCCAUUCCAAGUGGAACCUUCUGUAAUCUGGAGCUUCUGAAAUUGGAAGGUUUGCAUAAUCUCAUACAGAUAUGCAAUGGAAAUCUUCCAAGAACGGAACAUUUUGGAAGUCAGUCGUUUCAUAACCUCACAAUUCUUGAGAUUUAUAAUUGUGAUGCAAUUAGAAGCUUGUUUCGGGAGUCAGUUGCAAAAUGUAUGAUGAAUCUCCAAAGACUAGAUAUAUCCAUAUGUCCGAUGUUAGAGGAAGUUGUUUCAAUGGACGUGCAAGAAAAUUUAGUUACUGAGAUGCUGGGGUUCCCUAAACUAAAAAAAGUCACUCUUCAAUCUUUGAGCAUAUUUAAAAGCUUCACAUCUGAGUCGAAUAAAGUUGAUGAUUGUCAAUCAUUGUUCAACCAGGUUACGUUGCCUAACAUGGAGAUGUUGGAUAUUUUUCAGUUGGAUUGUAUAGUAAAGCUACUGGGUGAAGAGGAAAUGCCAAUCACAUCUCUUUCUAAUAUAAGAGUCAUCACUGUGGGUAGCUGUGGUAAUUUAUGGACCAUUGCACAAUCUGAUUCAAUUAAACUACUGCAAAAUCUUGAAGGUAUUGUAGUAUCUGAUUGUGCAAAGGUAGAAGUAUUGUUUGAUCUUGAGGGUUUAAAGGUUAACAAAUAUGAUGCAGAAAUUUGUAUACUUGGUCGAUUAAAUUCAUUAGAGAUGUCUACUCUACCUAAAUUAAUGCACAUUACAAGGAUGGUUCCUAAAGGAAUUUGCGUCUUCCAAAAUUUGAAAUCGCUUGUAGUUAAAGAAUGUGGUGGCUUAAGGUACUUAUUCUCACGUUCUAUGGUGAGUUCGCUUGUGGCUCUUGAAACUAUAAGGGUUCAAUCAUGCGAUGCGAUGGAAGCGAUUGUUGGAAGUGAAGGUGAAACUUGGGAGCUUGAGAAACUUGAGCUCCCAAAACUCAAAGACGUCAACCUAGAGCACUUGAGUAGUUUUAAGAGCUUCAGAUCUAAAUUAGACUCCAUGCACGUUCUGGGAACAUUAUUCAACCAGGUUAGAUUGGCUAAUCUGGAGGUGUUAGAUAUCGACGGAUUAGGUGAUGUGUCUGUAUUAUUUGACUUUGAGGGUGUAACAGCUAGUGAAGGUCAUGUAGAAAGUUUACUUGGUCGAUUAAUAACAUUGAAGAUUGAAAGACUACCUAAAUUAGUAAACAUUACAAGGAUGGUUCCCGAAGGAAUUCAUGUCAUGCAGAAUUUGACAUCACUUGUCGUUGUAGAUUGUAGCAGUUUAAGGUACUUAUUCUCACCUUCAAUGGCGAACUUGCUUGUGGCUCUAGAAACUCUAGAGGUCUACGAAUGUCAAGAAAUGGAAGAGAUUGUUGGAAGAGAGAAAGAAGGCACCUCAGAUAUUGAUAUGGUCGAAGAAGGAAUGACAAGAAGAAUCGUGUUUCCUAAGUUGAGCAGUUUAGAACUUUUAUCUCUCGAUGGAUUCAGAAUGUUUUGCUCUCAAAACUACGAACUCGUGUUCCCUUCACUCCAUAAAUUGGUCAUUCUGUAUUGCCCCGUGAUGACAAAAUUUUGUUCCGGACAUCUAAAUGCACCAGAGCUUAAGCAAAUACAGAUAGGAGAGGGCCAAUAUGUGGAUAUUUCCAAUUUCAUUGAUGACUCAGGCUUACUUGAGGAGGAGGAAUAA